AUGGAGAUCCCUGUGAUAGACAUCAAUGAGCUUGAUGGUGAGAAGAGAAGCAAAACAAUGGCGCUUCUCCACCAGGCCUGUGAGAAAUGGGGCUUCUUUCAGAUUGAGAACCAUGGAAUUGAUAAAGAGUUGAUGGACAAGGUGAAGCAGUUGGUGAAUCAACAUUAUAAAGAGAACAUGAAGAAGAGGUUCUACGACUCGGAAAUAGCAAAGAGCGUGGAGAAUACAGGCAAUACCACUAACAUAGACUGGGAAAGCACCUUUUUCAUUUGGCAUCGUCCAAACUCAAACAUCGAUGAGAUUACCUGCCUCUCGGAGGAUCUUCGGUAA